CUUAUGUAGCCUCGUAGUUUACUCGAUGUAUGUUUGCUGUUCCUAGUUGCUACAGACAACAUAAUCAAAAAUCGGGCAUGUUUGCUGGUCGGCUGCUCUCUUCUGAUCUUGUUUACUGAAACUGAUCCCUAUUUGCUCAACAAUGUGGCAUUUAUUGUGAUUGAGGCACUCAAGACUUUGAUGCAUUAUGAGGACUUUUUACCAAUUUUUGUUGUCUUCUGUGGAGCCGUGAUGUACCCAUAAUGUCAAACGUCGAUGUAACAGAGCAGCUGAAGUUAGACACAGAAAGAGACGUGUCAACAGCGGGAUCAGGAUCCAAAUCAGGAGCAGGCAGUCAGUUACAUUUACAGAACGCUCUGAGCAGAAGGCAGGCCUUACUAAACCAAAUAAGGGCUGAGCAGAGUGAAGAUAUGAACCACAGACCCCGUUCUUACGGCGGCAACUACCACAGAAGGCACCUCACUCCACUCCCAUCUCCAAGAUCGCUUCCAGAUAAUCAAAAUAUUUACAGCAUGCCUCAGAGGCAGAUAGUAGAGCAUGUUAUAAGAAACGACUCAGUACGACAGGCGCAACCGGCUCCCUCUCGACAACAACAAAAUGGCCUCUAUUUGCAGUCUUUAAACCCACCUCAGGGCGCACCUAAUCAGAUGCCUACAAUAAUUCAGCAGCUACCAGCACCUCAGCAGCACCCACAAGCAAUUAUUCAACAAAUUCCGCCGCCAGCAAUGCCUACGAACACCAAGGCUGAUAUGAUGGAAAUGAUGAUGAUGCAAAAUGCGCAAAUGCACCAAAUUAUAAUGCAACAAAUGAUGUUAAGCAGUAUACCGAAGUCGCAUAGUUUUGGAUCGACAGCGUCAGUUCCUCUUGUAGCACCUGUAGAAACAUCAGUACCACAAAUAGUAUCAAUUGGCGGGUCGUCCCGGCGACCACCAUCGGUACAUCAUCACCACUAUUCUAUGCCAAGAGGAGCACCCAUGUAUCAAUUACCUCCUUUAGACACGAAUCGAGUUCCGCCGCCUCCUACGGGACCACAAGAAGUUGAACCUUUGAAAGCACCAAACUAUGGCUACUACUACUGAGCAUGGGCCGAAGAUAUGCCUUUGAGACAGGGACAGAGCGAGUGAUGAAAGUGUGAUAGAGCGAGAGAGAGAGAUAACAUAACUGGAGGAGAGAGACGAAAACAAACAUAUCACUGCUGUGUCAUACUUCAACUGCUUUCACUUGUGAACACCAAUCACUGUUAUGGGGUUUCACAUCAUUCCUGUGCAAUCUGUUAUUAGCAUAUUCUCAAAAUAUAUAGUGGCUGCUGUUGGCAUAGCAACUGAAUGAGCUGUACCCCUUAUUUGUAGAAUGGAAUAGUCUGAUCAUUGGAGUUAACAGGUAACAGCCAAAUGUUUUGCAAUUUUCGGCUGAUGUUCCAAAAUUUCAAAUUUCAGAGAGAAAUUGACCAAACACAGCCUGAUAUUUCUGGCUAAAUUGAAGUAUGCUAUUUUUUAAAACAGUUUUAUACUCUGGUAUGACAGAAAACUAUAUUUUUUAAUAAAAUGGAAAGAUGUGAAAAUGCAGUGCUUUGUGUUUAUUGAACUUUAAUAAUCAUGAAUCAGGAAAAUGGUCCUUGCUAGACUGAUAAUAAAAACAUUGAAAGGAAAUUGUUGAAAAUAUAUAUUUAUUGUUUCUUUCCCUCAAAAAUAUGAGUCAGGUUUAUUAUUAUUAUAAAAAAAAAGAUUUGUGUUUAUAGUAAGACAGGACAAGACAUGCUAAUGAUAUUUGUAGAUACAAUUUUAUUUCAGGUUAGUCUACCUGUGAAUUUUACUGCUUGGCAAAAGCUGUAUUCAAAUAAUCAUGUAUUAUAUUCAAACUACAUAAAUGAAAAUGUCCAUUUUCUACUAUUUUAUGUUUUUCUCUUACAUAAUUUAUGCAAAUAAGUAUGUCAUGUGAUAAUGGCUAGUUUGCUUAUUUGCAUAAAUUAGCAUAGCUCCCUAUGUGUAUGGUAAAUAGUUGUAUAUAAAAAAUAGUUCUUUCAGAAAGAACACUAAAAUUUUGAAUUGUAUGUAAUUCAAAGUUAUAUUUGUAAUCAAAGAUUCCAUCCAUUUUCAUUAAAAUUGAAAUUUGCUUUUUGUCUUGCCAUUUAUUUUACUCGCAAGAGGUUUUUUUUCUUUUCAUAUAGGACAUAAAUUUCUUUUUCAAACAUAGUGAAAUUCUGAAAAAAAAAGUGAAAAC